AUGUCAGACGAAGAAACAUUCUUAAACCUCUUCGACAAGUACUGGUUCGGACAGAAACCCUUCGCUCCCACAAAAAAGGCGGCGGCGCCGUUAUCGCAAGACGAAAAAGACGGCGCUCCGAAGAAGCUGAGCAAGAUCACAACGCUGAUGAGAAAAUCCCUCAGCGACCAAAACCUCUCCUCCUCAUCAUCAUCGGAGCCGAGCUCCCCGUCUCCGAAAUCCGUCCUCGGGCCCCACCUCCAGACGAUCCUCUCCGGCAAAGAAGCCGGGAGCUUCGACGAGGAAGAAGAAGCAUUGAAGAAGAUCAACAAGGCGAAUGCGGAUAAGGCUAUUCAUCGGAGGAGGAAGAGGAGAGGAGGCGCGAGCAGGAGCUUGACGGAGCUGGAGGUGGAGGAGGUGAAAGGGUUUAUGGAUCUAGGGUUUGUGUUUUCGGAGGAGGAUCGGGUUUCCAAUUCGAGAUUGGCGUCGAUCAUUCCGGGGCUGGUGAUGCGGGAGGGGAAGGGGAAGAGUGAGGCGUCGCGGCCGUAUCUGUCGGAGGCGUGGGAGAGGAUGGAGGAGGAGGAGAGGAGGAGGAAGAAUUCGAUGAUGGAGUGGAGGAUUCCGGCUUUCGGGAAUGAGAUGGAGCUCAAGGAUCAUCUUAGGUUUUGGGCUCAUUCUGUUGCUUCUGCGGUUAGAUGA